AUGGCACCAAAGACAUUGAAUGGCUUAAAGUACAUCCACGAACCAAGCCUAGAGAGAGCAUAUAAGAAACCCAGUCAAUAUGAAGAUGUAAAUGAGCAAGCCAGUUCUAAAGAAGCACAUGAGCAAGCCAGUUCUAAAGAAGCACAAGAGAAAGCCAGUUCUAAAGAAGCACACAAGCAAGCCAGUUCUAAAGAAGCACACAAGCAAGCCAGUUCUAAAGAAGCACACGAGCAAGCCAGUUCUAAAGAAGCGCAAGAGAAAGCCAGUUCUAAAGAAGCGCAAGAGAAAGCCAGUUCUAAAGAAGCACACAAGCAAGCCAGUUCUAAAGAAGCACACAAGCAAGCCAGUUCUAAAGAAGCACACGAGCAAGCCAGUUCUAACGAAGCGCAAGAGAAAGCCAGUUCUAAAGAAGCGCAAGAGAAAGCCAGUUCUAAAGAAGCACACAAGCAAGCCAGUUCUAAAGAAGCACACAAGCAAGCCAGUUCUAAAGAAGCACAAGAGCAAGCCAGUUCUAAAGAAGCACAAGAGCAAGCCAGUGCCAAACGAAAAGAAGAAAAAAAUCUAGCCAGUUUUCGUGUUUUCGUACCAGCAAGCCAAUGA